CUGGCAACAGUGUUAUGUGUGAUGAAUUAUAAUAGAGUCCACAUGUUGCCGCCAUAUUUAUACGAAGUGUUUUCUACUGUACUCGAUUCGAAAAGCUCAUAGUUCGUUUUUUUUGUGUUUUUUUGUUACGCUUUGAGGCAGAUUUGUUUUUCUUUACUCAUUAAUUCACCGCAUAUUUCCCAAUCAACGCGAGAUAUAAUAAUGAUGUGUUUACUAUAAAACAAUACUCAAAUUGUGAUGUGUUGCCUUAUUUCAUUUUAGGGGAUUAUCCUAUUAUCGCUGUUACAAUGAAGUACAUCGUCGCGCCGUUUCUUUAAGUAAAAGUUUAUUGAUCAUAGCCGGCGUCAUAUUGUUUAACAUAUAAAAUAACCGGAUUUUUAUACCCUAACCAUACAUAUGAGCCAUACGAAACAAUGGAUUAAAGAAAUUUCUACUAUUUAAAUUCUCUGCAUUUGCACAAUAAGAAAAGGGUUGCCAUGGUUAUUUUUUUCGUGAUCUGGAGAACGUCACCUUUCCAGUGACACCCAUUUUAUUCCCGAAAUCCGGGGAUGCUAUUCCAAAUCCCAGCCGAAAGUAAUUCAGUCAUCCUGUACUUAGCUCGACCAGGUACUUUUUUUAAAGCGCGACCGAAGGCCGCCAAUGCAGAAAGGAGUACUACGCGAAAAUACUUCAGUCACCUCGAUAUAAUAUAAAUUUUAUAAUACUAUCGUAGAGUUUAUUUGUGCAGAUUAACUAUAAAGCACAUAAUAUACAUAUACAUAUCUAUGUAAGUGUACACAACUCAAUUAUAGCUUGAAAAAUGUUGGAAAGUAUUUUUUAUUAUAUCUAAUAUAGAAAAAAAGAAUCACGCGAAAAGACAAACAAAGAAAAAUCGUUGCAAAUCCUACAUAUUUAUUGUUUAACACUCCAGUAGUCGCGCGUACUACAAUAGUAGACCACUUGUGUAUAUACUUUUACGUUUUACGAAUAACUAUUCGCAAGAAGUCUGAUUUUAAGUUCCUAAUAUGUUUAAAAUGAAUAUUUUUUGGUUGAUUUGGUUUUAUAAUAAACUGUUACUUAUUAUUAUUAAAACAAAUUUUUUUAUUUACAAAUAUUUCGUUUCAAACCCUUAUGUCUAAAAUGUUCUACACAUGUAGUACGCGCGACUACUAACGGCACAAAAAGGGGCGCGACCACUGGAGUGUUAAGAUGCGGCAACGCUCGUUUUCUGCAUAAUUGUAAACAAUCCAACCUUUUCAACGAUGAGUGUGCUAAGUGAUUUUUAAAUUUACAACAAAAUAAAAGUGAAAUAUAAACUUAUUUCAAUGUUUAGAGUGUAUAUUUAAAUAUAUAAAGUGAAAAAUGUGAAAAAAAUUAGUGAAACACUCUGAAUUACUAAGUGUUAUUAAAACACAUUUUUAUUCGGGAAUAUUUUAAAAAAUAUAAGUGUUAGCAACGUUAUUUUUGCAUAUUCCUCCUCUGAAGAAGCUCCCCUAUCCGUACAUUUAUACCGAAAUUCGUGUUUUUUUACCCGACCGCCAAAGUAAUCGGAGUCGUGCCCUAAAAUCGUUCAGAAUUUUCAUUAUUCCGAUUUAUCCCGGUGUUGGAUCGGGCAGGGCAAUUUACAUUGCACCCUUCGGUAGACAAAACCAAGAGAUGUGUUAAUCGACGGUUGCGCAAAAUGCCAAACAACUGCGCGCCAUUUACUUUCACCGAUGAGGAGGUUCAGAAUGUCAUCAAUAAAGCAAAAUCUUCCAAAUCCAUUGGCCCUGUUGGAAUCAACACGCUUAUUCUAAAGCAUAUAGGCUCGAGAGGAGUAAGCUAUCUUACCAAGGUCCUAAACCUGUCGCUGACCACUCAUCAAAUAUCCGAUGGGUGGAAAGUCGGAAGAGUGGUCCACUACUGAAACCUGGCAAACUCAAUAACUCUCCUCUCCCCAGUAGUGAAGAGACUUGAGGUCUUGCUACUCCCGACUUUCACUCACCUAAGCUUAGCCAACCACCAGCAUGGAUUCCGAGAAGUUAACAGUAGCACCGCAGCACUUAGUGUCAUAAACGCCCAGAUAGUUCGUGGCCUUAACCACAAACCACCCUGUGCGAGGACGAUUCCCACGACAGCCGGUUCUACGCACCGGAAUUUACUCGGAUUUUAUCCGACCAAGGGCUGUCCUUUCGGCGAUCUAACCCCGUUUGGAUCGGUAAGCAUUAAUAUGUGUUUGUCGUCAUUAGAGCAACGCCUUGCAGCAGGGUUGCUCCGUAUCCUCCUGACUCGUGCUGGCAUUGAGUCCAACCCGGGCCCGGAGGAAUUUUUCUGCUGCGUCUGCGCUAAAAGGCUCCAUCCAAACUCCACCUCGGUCAGGUGCAAUACAUGCAAUGGAUGGAGCCAUCUUAAGACCUGCUCAGGCCUUAAGACCCACAGGGAGUGGACCACGCGUUACGUGGCCCCGUGUUGUCUGCGCAAUACUGCGACACAAGCCUCCACGGCUGUGCAACCUGCACACUGUUCGCGCGCCGCGCCGCCACUCAAUCAGAGUGGCCAACAAAGGACCUCUACGGUCAGGAGCUCAAACAGGCAACACAGCUCCCACUCUGACUUGUCCCCCCCCCAACCUUCAUCCCGCUCCAAUCCUCGUGCGAGAACCAAUCAGCAACUCUUGGUUCCUCGCACAGUCUGCUCCGUGUGUCAGGCUGUCAUACGUCGGAACGUCGCAUCAGUUAAGUGCAAUUCCUGCACUGGCUGGUGCCACUUCCCGACGUGUUCCGGCCUGCGCACCACACGUGAGUGGAGUGUCACCUACGUUGCCCCAUGCUGCAGGAGUCUGCCCCCGCAACUCACAACAGUGGCGUCGCCAACCAACACCCCAGUGCGACAACCGCCCCCGCGGGUUCUGCAGCUGCAACAAAUACCACCAACACGUCACUCCCUCACCCCCAGGAUCACCCACGGACACCCGCGACAAACCCGACUCCUUCAAUUUAACUGCAACGGACUCCAGAGCAAGAUCGAGGAGAUAGUUGCACUUAUGAAUCGGGAACGUGUAUCGAUAGCUGCGGUCCAAGAAACCAAGCUAAACAGCCGCUCAGAUCUUCUGAGUUGUGCAGGUUUCAACGUUUUACGUAAAGAUCGCGAGCGAGAUGGUGGUGGUGGCCUAGCCUUCAUAUUGCACAACACCGUGCAGUAUCGUUUAAUCGAAGAAGACAUCGACCCCAGGGAUACUACCCUAGAAUGUCAGGGCAUAGCUAUCCGGUCAGGCGAUGUCGAGCUCGAAAUAUUUAAUAUAUACAUCCCCCCAGUUACAUGUUGCCCUACAGGAUAUCACCCGAAUAUAGGUGCGCUACUUCGUGGUGAAAACCGUAUGGUACUAGGCGACUUUAACGCGCACCACGAUCUCUGGCAUUCCUGCCUGUCAAAUGAUCGUAGGGGGAUGGAGCUGGCGGAACAGAUUGACGAUUCGACAUUCUGCACAAUGAAUGACGAAGCCCCCACCAGAAUUAUGGGCACCUGUAAUAGCUCGCCGGAUAUUACCAUUGCUAGCGGUGGCCUGAUAAACAGCAUAACCUGGCGACCUAUGCUAACUCUUGCAUCAGACCAUCUGCCCAUAAUUAUCUCGAUCGAGAAGCCUCCCGAUUUCGUUUCUGUGGACAACCGUACCUUCAUUAACUUCAAAAAAGCUAAUUGGGUCGGCUUCACAGAAUUCACUGAGAGCACCUUCAACGCUCUACCCAUUCCUACGGACGUAUGCGUUGGCGAACGUCAAUUCCGCAAGGUGAUCGCAGCAGCUACUGCUCGCUUCAUCCCGGCUGGAAGAAUAGCGGAAAUCCGCCCCAAUUUCCCAGCCGAAGCAGCUGUCUUAGCUAAUGAGCGCGACACCUUACGCCAUGCCGAUCCCGGGGAUCCCCGAAUAAGGGAUCUCAAUUUGGAGAUUCGGCGAGUGGUAAAUCAACAUAAGCGGACGAAAUGGAUAGAGCACCUGAAGUCCUGCAACCUCUCCACCGGUGUGAGUAAGCUUUGGGCUACUGUCAAAGCUUUGUCUAAUCCGAAGAGACACGACGACCGAGUUGAAGUUCAAUUCAAUGGUCGUGCCUCUUCGGACCCGAAGAAGUGCGCGAGCUAUUUUAGCCGGCAGUUUACACUGCACCCUUCGGUAGACAAAGCUAAGAGAUGUGUUAACCGGCGGCUGCGCAAAAUGCCAAACAACUGCGCGCCACUUACUUUCACCGGCGAGGAGGUUCAGAGUGUCAUCACAAAAGCUAAAUCAUCCAAAUCCAUUGGCCCUGAUGGAAUCAACAUGCUAAUGCUAAAGCAUCUAGGCUCGGCGGGAGUAGGUUAUCUCACCAGUGUCCUCAACUUGUCACUAACCACCCUUCAAAUACCCGAUGUGUGGAAAAUCGGAAGGGUGGUGCCACUACUGAAACCUGGGAAACCCGCCAACAAAGGGGAAUCUUAUCGCCCGAUAACUCUCCUCUCCCCAGUAGUGAAGACACUUGAGGCCCUGCUACUCCCGACUUUCACUCACCACCUGAGCCUAGCCAGCCACCAGCAUGGAUUCCGAAAAGUGCACAGCACCACCACAGCACUUAGCGUCAUAAACACCCGGAUAGUUCGUGGCCUCAACCAGAAGCCACCCUGUGAGAGAACGAUCCUCGUAGCGUUGGACUUGUCAAAAGCCUUUGACACAGUCAACCACACAACGCUAUUGCAGGACAUAGAAAAAACAACGCUUCCUCCAGGGUUAAAGAGGUGGACCAUGAACUACCUGAGUGGUCGCCAGUCAUCCGUACUAUUUCGAGGCGAAACAUCUAAACUGAGAAGAAUUAAACAGGGGGUUCCGCAGGGUGGUGUCCUCUCCCCACUACUGUUUAACUUCUAUAUCUCGAAACUCCCACAACCACCAGAGGGGGUCUCCAUAACCUCAUACGCUGAUGACUGCACGAUAUUGACGUCGGGCAAUGGAAUCGAUGGCAUGUGUUCGAAAGUGAACAGCUACCUCUCCGACCUUUCUCGUUUCCUCACUGCACGGAAUCUCCAACUUUCCCCCACCAAAUCCACAGCGACUAUAUUUACAAACUGGACGAAGGAGUAUAGACUUGAGCUUGAUAUUGCAGUCGAUGGCGUCAAAAUUCCGACUGUCAAUAACCCUAAAAUUUUAGGCGUAACCUUUGAUAGUCUAUGCUCCUUCACUCCCCAUACGACCGCGAUUAUCGCCAAAGUACAGAGCCGCAACAAGAUCCUCAAGUCGCUAGCCGGCAGCACAUGGGGAAAAGACAAAGAAACGUUGUUGGCAACUUACAAGGCAAUCGGCCGGCCGGUCCUCAACUACGCAGCACCGAUAUGGUCGCCUGGAUGCAGUGGCACGCAGAUGAGGAAACUACAGACCUGCCAGAACACAGCACUCCGGACUACGACGGGAUGUCUCUUGAUGUCUCCCAUCGAACACCUCCAUAGUGAGACGCGCAUGCUUCCUGUAAAGGAGCAUAAUGAACUUCUCUCCAGGCAGUUCCUGCUGGGAUGUUUCCGUAGGAAUCACCCUUGCAGCCAUCUGCUUGGAGCGGAGCCGCCUCCUAGGAGCAUCAAGAGGUCAUUCCUCGACUACGUCGACGACGUCGUACAGUACGCCGACCGAACUUCGGACGCUACAGACUUCAGACAGGUACUGACCGCCAUUCACAGUGGAGCCAUUAACACCUUCACCGACUCCCUUCCCGUGAAUGGCGUUCUUGGAGUCAAAGCACCACCUAUUGCAGAUGAAGAGCUCCAGUUGCCGCGAGAAACGCGAGUGACCCUAGCGCAACUUCGUUCUGGGUAUUGUAGCAGGUUAAACUCCUACUUAUCCAGAAUCGACCCCGACAUAUCCAAUAUAUGUCCUGCAUGCAACGAGUCUCCGCAUGACACUGGCCACCUCUUUGCAUGCCCCACAAACCCAACUCAUCUAACACCUUCCUCCCUUUGGUCCGACCCCGUCGAAACAGCGCGUUUCCUGGGCCUACCGUUAGAUGACCUCGACGACAACACAGAUGACCCUUACCACCCUAACGGGGAUUAGCAUAUCCGUUAAAACAACAACAACAACAACAAC